AUGAAACGAGAGAUGGCUAAAGAGGCUAAGAGUCCCGAAUUUGCCAACAACGAAUGCGAUUUGGACUUUGAUGAUAUGAUUGAAGAUGACUCUCAAAUGAGCCGAAGUAUAGACGAAGUAGUUGAUCUUGAGAGUGGUGAAAAUAAUGUCAACGACGACUCUCCAUCGGUGGGAUCUUCCCUGGGUGCCGAUCUCGGAGCAAAGCACGUGAAGGCUAAAAAGAACAAGCAUUCAUCUGGGCAUAAGAAUUCCGGACUCAACUUUAUAAAACCCAGAAUCAAGGGUCUUCGGAUUAUUCCUAGGGCUCAAUUCUUGGAGGAGAGUUCUGGAACCUCAAAUAGUGGUCAUGGAAAGACAAAUUCACAGAGUUUAAUGGAACAGGGGUCUUCAUCUACAGAUCAUAAAAUCACAAACAAUGCAAAUAUGAACGGAGGUAUGGAUGAUGUUCAUACAGAUUCGACCAACGGAGUAACGGCCCAUAAUAAAUACUCGCAUGGCCAGCAGAAUUUUAUAAACUACUACGAGUCGGUAAUUCCGAUUCUACCCUCUGCACAAGCGUCUAUGCCCCCGUCCGUGUCUUCCUCAAUGAUAAAUUCCUACAGCAAGGAUGGAGAAAAUGUUCUUGGUGUCACUGAACAUCCUGUGGAACGACAUAGACUACUUGGAUCGCACGAGAAUUCCAAGUCCAGUCUUUCCGAGGCCAAAUCACAGUUAUCGCUUCAGAAUGAAUAUAUCAGGCAACUCAAUAGGGCUGAUUCCACUUCAUUUCCUAUGACUGGACCGUCAACAGUUACUGCUACUGCUUCACAGAUGAAUCUGAUCAAUAACUAUCCUGCUCAUCGACCCGGCGGAUCGUCUGUACAAACGUCAAGAUCCAAUUCCUCUUACAAUAUUGCCGCUGGUAUUAGUGUUAAUAAUGUGAGGUCUCCGAGUAGUGGUCACAUAUUCCACAUGUCUCAUAGUUCGCUUGGAGGGGGUAAAGAGUCGUCGCAGCAAGCACUUCUUUCCCGACAGAAGGAGUCCGAAAGCAGUAAUAGUAGUAACGAAGAUUCUUUUAUGCCUCAAUCUAAGACCCCUUCUAGUCAAUUGGGCCAGAAAUCACUGCUGACCCAGGUGACCCCUUCUCGAGAGGACUCGAGCAACAAUGAUGACGGCGACAACGACGAUGAAGAUGGCAAUGAUGAUGAUGAUGAAGAUGACAAUGAUGAUGAUGAUGAAGAUGAGAAUGAUGAUGAUGAUGAUGAUAACGAUCAUGAAGAUGACGAUGAUGAUAACGACGACGACGACAAUGAAGACAGCAAGCACGAGCGUGUUGGAAGAAAAUGGACAGACACUUCAGAAACUUACUCUCAAACAGAGAAGGCGGGUAGCGAACCCAAAGUGUUGACCAGUCCAUUUGAUACCCCUCCUAGGCAAUCACAGUAUAUGUCACCUAUUAAUGGUGAUGAAGAUAACUAUGAAGAUGGCGACGAUACAUACGAUAUCGUUCAGUCUGGCCAUGAUCGCGAUUUAACAUCGCCAUAUCGUAUUCAUGAUGAGGCGGAUGAAGAGUUUUCAAACUACAGUGCUAAUAAAAAGGCCUGGCUGGAUAGUAUGAAGCCAAAGUGUUAG